AUGGUGUGGAAACAGGUACAGAUCACGCUCCAGCCGCGGAGCAAAGGCACCUACCUCGUGUCGAACGAAGUGAUCCCGCAAUUGCCCGUGCAAGGGAUCAAAGUCGGACUCGUCAACUUGUUUCUCCAGCACACGCUGGCAGCGCUCACCAUCAACGAGAACUGCGACCCGACGGUGCGCCGGGAUAUGACCGACUCGUUUGACCGGAUAGUCCCCGAAGGCGAUUUCUAUGCUCAUGACGAUGAAGGCCCCGACGAUAUGCCUGGCCACGUCAAACUGACGAUCACGGGGGUGUCGUUGACGAUCCCGAUUACGAACGGUAAGCUUGCCCUUGGCACCUGGCAGGGGAUCUACUUGUGUGAGUUUAGAACCUAUCGACACACCAGAAGAGUGAUCGCCACCAUCCAGGGGGAAUAA